AUGCGCUCCAGACGUCAGCCGCUCAGUAUGAGCAGGAUAAUCGAGUCCAUCGGCAACGCCGUCCACCACGCUCGAGACAAUGCCCAUGACCUGGCUGCGGUAACAAAGUCCCUGGCAGAGGAGCAUCUCCUCGACAUUCCCUAUGUCGAUCUCACGAUUCAAUUCAUCGGUGCCUCUGGCAUCCCCAAAGUCGAUGUUGUUGGCUCUGCCGACCCCUACUUCGUGGCCAAGCUCGACAACAGAAUCUCUUUCGUGUCCACCGUCAAAGUCAACACCCUCAAACCAGUGUGGAAUGAGAUCUGGAGGGUGAAAAACGUUCCCGCCCAUGCCAGUCUUUCCGUCGAAGUCCUCGACAAAGACGACGGCGCCAAGGCCGAUGAUUUCAUUGGCAAAUUCACCACUUCCGUAACUGCUGGUGCGAAAGAGGCUGAGAUUGAGGGACCGCUGCUGCGCAAGGCUGGAGGGACCUUCUGGCUCAAGAUUGAGAGCACGAAAUCCAACACCGAAGAUCCGAAAGCCUCACCCUACACGUUUGACGGACCGAUUCGCUUCUCGCGCCACUUCUCGCCAACAGUCGGCUUCCUCACCAACAGCACCUCGGAUGACCGCGCUCGGUUGUACUCGACAUGGAAAAUGUACAUCAAGGGUGUCCAGCUCUUCUUUGGCGACACCGUCCAGCAAUGGAAUCACGGCUACAAGGCCGCCCAAAACAUAUUUGGCCCAGGGCCCUCAUCGAUGGCGGUUCGGUCUGGCAUUAUGGGGGGCCAUCGCUUGCUGUAUGCCCGUGCAACGACCAACCAGUUUGGGGUCAUUGAAGCAGGGCAUGAGAUUCUCGGCCUUUUGCGAGGGGGAACGCGGGUCAAGCCCGCUGUCUACACUUAUAUCAUCUCAGCGGAGGACGACUCGCUGCGGUUUUCCGAAACGGGUGCCGCCUUUUUCGUCGACUUUGCGUCAAAACACGCGUUGCACGCCAACUGCCAUCCCUGUGUCCGCUACUCGGGCGAGUUCCACCCACGGCCAGCGGGAGGCUGGGCCGCAUUCAGGGAGUCAACGAACGAUGGCGACGUGGAAUGGGAGCUGGUCGUCGACAACAACUCGGGGACUUACUCCCCCGACAAAACCCUCCUGCCGACGCUGAAAGCGUUGUUGGAGUACAACUUUACGGGUAUGAGAGUAUACGCGCUCGACAGGGAAGACCCAGAGCUGGUCCAGAGCAGAGAGGCAUGUCGGGCGUAUGCUCUUCAGCAUCGUGGAAUCCGAAAGGAGGAUCUCCAGCCACAGCGGCAUGGCGAGGAAGAGACGCUUGCGCAUCGCGCCAAUACGAUUUCUGGGGCGCAGCUGGAGAAUUAUAUGGCGUAA